CCGCGGACCGCGCUAUCGACUCCACACGCGCGUCGCUCGCUGCACCGGCUCGCCCACAUCUCAUCUCCUGUCCGAAUUGUUCCGGAGCUAAUCCCGAAAGUUGUCGACAUCUUAUUUGGAAACUUGGACUGUUCCCGAAUCGGCUGUGACUGUCGCUGUAAUUGAAUAAGUUGAUUGUGGACUGUGGAGCCGUGCGAGUGCUCGUGUGGUGCGCGUUCUGUGGUAACUUUCGUGUGAUUUGCUCCUCCGGUCAGUCCGGGGGUUGGAGAAGGUCGUCAAAAUAGCCAAAGUGUCUCCAAUAAAGUUGUCGGCGAUGGAUAGCAACUCGGUGUCGCCGAUGCCGGAGCUGGCGCCGAUCGCGGAGUUCGACAAGUCGCCGCCGUCGCCGCCGAAUGAGGAGGUGCCUAUGGACGACCUGCCGCCGCCCCCUGCCACCAUAUCCGGCAACGACGUCAAGAAGGUUAAAGUCCAACGCAGUCGCUCGUACGAGUCUGACGACCACGAGCGGGGCGCGUGCGAAUGGUGCGAGUAUGCGCUCAUCAUCACCCUCGCGACCAUCCUCCUCAUCGGAGUGUCCGCUCUUACCAUCUUCUGGGUGUUCUUCUAUCGGGAGGGCUAUGGCUGGGCCGAUGACAUCCCUGAGAAGCAGUUCAACCUGCACCCGACCCUUAUGGUGGCUGGAUUUGUCACCUUCAGCGGAUUCUCGGUGCUGCUGUACCGCAUCUGCCGGUGCUUCCGGCGCAUCUACGUGAAGCUCCUUCACGCCAUCUUCCACGCGCUGGCGUUCCCCUGCAUCGUCAUCGGAUUCCUGGCCGUGCUUGAUUUCCACAACAAGACGGGCAUCGUCAACUUUUACUCUCUUCACAGCUGGAUCGGCUUAGUUGCUAUGGGACUGUUUGGAAUACAGUACGCCGUCGGUUUCUUCAGCUUCCUUCUCCUGUUGAUCUGCAACAAGGGAACGGCUGGAUUCCGUGCCUCUCUGGUGCCGGUCCACGCCGCCUUCGGAAUCCUGACCUUCGUUCUGGGCGUCGCUGCUUGUCUGACUGGACUCACUGAGAAGGCACUCUUCACUUUCGGGCAGGACCUGUCGACCACGAAGUACUGGCAGAUGCCGCAGGAGGCCAUCGUGAUCAACGCCAUCGGCAUGUCCAUCGUGGCAGUGGCCAUCGUGGUGCUGUACACCGUGCGCGGUACCGGCGGCUAUCGCCUGCGCAAGGUCGCCGCUCAGCACCCUAGCUAAGCGCCGACGUCGACGCCGCCGACUCCAUAGCAAUAAAGUGUUUGGUGACAUUUCGUACAGAGCUUCUUUACGUAGAUUUGAAAACAUCAGAGGUAAAGUUUUGUAUAAGGUGCUUUUCAAUCGAUGCAAGCACGAAACUUAAUGUACGACAGUCUGAAACUAUUCUGAAAGGAUUUAACGCCCCAAGACAUUACAACUUGCGAUUUGUCUCCAAACUCCAUCCGUACAAUUUCCACGCCAUUUUUUUAACAGUUUUUUAAACUCGAUUUGAUGCUUUAAGAUUUCGAAACAAGAACACGAUGAUAAGUGAUUAGAAUACCAUAAGGUCAUAAGGUGGUCAUAAGCAUAGAUUUGUUUAUUUAAAUGUAAUUCUUCCAAUUAAUUACCCAUGUACAUGGUGAAGAAUAUAUUAUUUUAAAUCUGUAAAAUGGAUCCCCCGCAGAUGGAUAUCUUUAUUUUAGACGGGGUCGAACGAUCAAAUUAAAUAUAGUUAAACAUAUUAUUAUAUUAUUAUUGUUUAGCUCAAUUUGUUAACUUUAGGUUUUACAAAUUCUAUCUGGGUGAGGUUAUAUGAUUGUUCCCGCGGUUGUGCGUUGUUCCGCUGUGAAAUCUUUACGUGUUUGUGGUUAAUUCCGUCUUAGUCAAAAUUGAUUCGACUGAUAUUGAAAAUGUAGUACUGUUUCUUUUCAGUUACUUUAAAAAUAUAGCCAAUGAAUAAUGUAAGACGUAUUGUAAGUUAGAGCAAAGUUAACGUCAUUUAUUAAAUAUGAACUGGAGAUGAAGGUACUACUGUCACAGUGUAGUCAAUCAGUUGGUCAAAUCAACAGGCUGUAGAGGGGAUGUCGAAGAGGACGCACGUUCAUUUCCAUUUCAACUCCAUUGUACUCGCUGUUCUGUGGUAACAUUUAAACUAAUAGCGGACUAGAAUUAGAUGAUUGCUGUGUAAGUAGGUAAGCUAGGUAUGAGACGGAUUCAGUGUGCGUAUUGAAUGAGUUCACUUUUACAUACUUACAUAGCACCGAUGUCAUUUGUUCCAUAAUCCACAAACCAUGCAUUAUUUUCAAUGGAAAAUAAAACAAGAGGCCAUACACUAUUCCGAUACUGAGUUUCAGUAUCAAUCUAAUUACUUUGGUAAGUUUAUGACGAAUAGUUAAGAUAUCUUAGACGUAGGAACUUGUAUAUAAAUUUUAAUCUAAUUAAUGUAAUGUGCGAGUGUUCGAUAGCUGUAGAAUGUGAUCAAGUAGUAGAAAAAUUACAAUUAUUUAUUGAUCCGUAACAAAAAGAUAAAACAUUGGAACUUAUCUACAAAAGUUAAUACAAUUUAUACGACGAAUAUACAUAUUUCCGAAGUAUAUUUAGAUUUUCUAAAAACCUGCCACUUUCUAUUCUAGAUGUCGGCCAAUGUUUACUGUAAAACUCGGCCAUUUACCUACCUUGAUUGUCAUGUCGUUUACAUAUACGAUAAAUAUUGUAUAAGACAAGUGUUCAUCCAAGUUGCCAAAUUCGGUGUAAAUUCAUGUGGUCAUAUGUUCGUUAUAAUAUCAAUUAUUACUGUGUACUACAUACAUACUACGUGUAGCAUGUUUAUCAAUAACUAUAGGAUAAUGCUCAACGUGUUUAUACCUGGGGUACAUAUUCUUUCCUUAUGUAGGGUUGAUUAACAUUUUCUAUUAAUUAGAUAAGAGAUUAUCUAUAUUCCAUUUUUGUAAAAUUGCAUUCCAACUUUGAAAGCUUUUGACAUUCGUUUUGAUAAUGUACAAUGCGUAUUAAGACUGCAUUCAUAAGUAGGUCCUUUUGUAUUAAACUGGUUUUAUGAUCGUUUCUCGGAAAGAAAAUUUACAAAUUUUAAAUAUCCCAGAUUUUGUGGAUCCCUUUGUAAUAGCGGGGCCAACUUUUUAUAUGACUAUAGAUUUUGCCCGUUGCACGACACUGACAGAUUGUUUUGAAGCAGUGUUCCAUGCGAUCUUUCGGUUGACGAAGCACCAAGAGAAUUAAUAUAGUACCUGCUUAUUUAUGUAACAGUAAGGGUAUUACGAAGGUAACUUGUUUUAAUCAAGUAGUUGCAUUCGUAGCAGAGGAGUUCAUGCAAUUUUAAAUUGUAAAUUAUUUUCAAGGAUUCGCUAUAAGUGUCAUUGAAAUAUAAUUUCGCAUACUUAGUUGAGUUAAUUACAGUUGUAUUGGUUAAUUAUGAAUUUUAUCACUGUUUUAAAUUUUGAAAUAUUUAUACAGCAUUCAUAUGGUACAUUAAAAUACUUGUAUUAAUGA